GGGUGAAAUUGAAGGACCGAAUGCUGAAUUAUGCCUACGAGGACAAAAAACACCUACUGUACUGGCCAGAAUCAGUUAGAUUGAAAUCCACAAAACCAGAUGCUCGAGGAACAAUGCAAUAUACAAUGCCGGGUAUCAAGGAAGACUUUAUUCGUAGUCCAAUUGAACAUCGUUACCAAGACACGUUCAACAAAUUUUUUCCCUCCUACGACCUUGACCUUAAUCAGCGAGGGUUGAUAUGGUUUCUUAAAAAAGGCCUUUUGGAAGCAGCUUUAAAUGGAACAUCUGAUAUGCUGACAUGGCUAGGACAAGGAAAAGAUAAAGCUGGAAGGCCGUCGGAAAUUAAUCAAAUAUGCAUGGAGAUAUGGACUCUUCGUUUUCAAAUUUUUCUGAAUCUACGUAUGCAUGCCCAACUUUUGGCUGAAUUAGCUGCAUUCGAAGAAUUAGAUGCGCCCGAUCUAUUCUAUCAGUACAAAACGACUGAUAAGACAGGUAGUUUGGUUCCGUUUGCAAUGCGACUCAUCCACGCAGAAGCACUCCGAUUCUCACCAUUUCCGUGGAAUAGUUUGAUAAGAAUUGAAGCAUUGCAAUCGCAUGUUGAACAGAUUGUCAACAUUUUCCGGUUACGAAAUGAGCCAGAAAGUUAUCUCAAUGACUGGGAAAAACGUUUGGAAAGUGUCAAGUAUCUUUAUGUGAGAGUGCUGCAUGGGCUUGGAGAAUAUCAAAUCUCAAUGACUAUGUUGAACAAAGUUCGAGAGGAGACUAAAAACAAUGAAGAAAAAACUGCUCUGUCCAGAGCUUUGAUGAGAAUGGCAAUGCAAGCUGGCGACGAGAAAGCAAUGAAUAUUUAUGCAGAAGAAGCAAAUAAACUUUCCAAUGGUACCAAUGCAAUGACAGUUCACAAAGCUAUGAGGAGUAUAUUCCUGGGCUCGAACAAUCACGCCAACGAAUACAUUGCUCGCAUUCCAAUCACAGACGAUCAAACUCCGCAAUACAUCAACACAAAAGCGUUGAUUCAGUUGUACACUGGACGGGCGGUAGACGCUGUUAAAACUAUCACUCAAAUCAAGCCGAUUCUACCUGGCCCAACAACUACAAACCUGAGAACGAUUGCUGAACUUUGCUACUCAACAGCGGCUAAAGAUGAACUUCUGAUCAGAUGAACAUGAUCAUGAAAAAGAAAAAGUCAAACAUAAAAACAAGGUGGAGGUGCUUCUAUUCCAAAUUCUAGUCUGAUCUGGAACUAUAUAUAUAUAUAUAUCGGUUGGCCACUGUGAAGGUUGUGAAUUCAAAUCACAACUGAUCUGUAUAAGCAUAAUUUAUUUGCAUGUUUUUUUUUGACUAUACAUUUGUUUAAAUUUCAGUGUGUCAAAAAUAAAUGUUUAAUGCCAAUAU